AUUGCUAAUACUUAUGCUUACCCCCCAUAAGUAUUUCAAUACUUAUUGUCCCAAACAGCCUCUUAGGUACAAUACAUAUUAUGCUUCGCUUUAGCUUAACAUAAAAGCUGCCGCUAAUAACGUCAGCAGGAACAAAUAAAUGAUUUCAUAUUCGUCACCCAAGCUUGAAGCUUUUAGAACCUCCCCCAAAACUUCAAAAAAAAUUGACCUACAGGAUACACGAUUGAGCUGUUCUAUAUCGGCAAAAUGUUACUCUCACGAGCUCGGAUAGCUCCAAGUUAUAAAACCCUAUUAACAUAUAGAUGUGUUUCUACUUUGAGCACCAAUCCUUAUAUAAAAGUUUUCCCCAAUGCCUCAGCGGAUAAUUCGCACUUGCUCACGUAUCUCGAUACCAACCCACCGAAACAUAGGCUAGCUAUUGGCUCUACGACCGCAUUGCCUCCAACGCCCGGUUCCUUCGCCGAGAAUCGAGAAUUUCUGUCAAUUUUGACCGAUGUUCUCCGCAAAUAUGCCGCGCAGGAUCCCGGCCUUGUAUCCCAAGCCCGAGCAUUCGCCGGCCCGGGCGGCGCUACUCUUGGUUCGGGCGGUGCAUUCUUUCCUCAACAGAAGAAGCAGCGUGGCUCAAGAGGAUCAGCCGCUGGGCUAGGUGGGGGUGGUGGUGCUGGCGGGAGCGGCGCUGGAGGAGCGAGUGCCCAAGGGGGUGCUGGCGGUGCGGGAGUCGGAGGACACAUCCAUCUUAGCGACUUAAGAAACCCGCCCGACUACGGUCGGAUUGCAUGGCCGGAAGAUAUCCUCGGCAGCAUCGAAGUCGAUGGGUCUGGAAACAUAAUAGGUGAAUUUCAGCCCAGCGGAACUUACCGUAUCGUUACCAACGAGGGAAUUUUGGGACUGAGCGAUUUUCUGAGGACGAAGCUUGUUGAGAGGCUGAAAGAGGAGGAAGGAAAGUUGUGAGACACCGUGUCGGUGGCAUUGAGACACCACAAAGCGUGGCGUAUUCGACUACAUAUUGUACCUGUAUAUGAUAUACCUUAUCUACCUGUACCUAAGGUAGUAAACUUCUGCUCUAAGUUUACUUAAUGCACGUAAGAUAUGUGCUCGUACGUUUUGCAACGUAGGUACUCAAGAUACGAUUACCUUGGCUUACAUGUUUCACAAGUUACCAGCCGUAAGACGGGCCCUGACAACACCUGCCAAUGAAAAAGC